AUAUUACAAUAUUAUUUGUAUAUAAAAACCUCGCUACCUGCCAAUGAAUACCGACAACGACAAUAAUAAUAUCGUAUAAAUGUAUUAUAACCUAACCAAACGUUUUUUUUAUAAAAUUGUCAGACAACAUCAAAAUCAAUUUUAUAACGUUCGUUUUCUACUGUUUACGGAUCGUUCAUUGAAUAUCGAUUUUUCCGAUGUACAGAACAUGAUAUUAUUUUAUUCGUUAUUUAUUUUUUAUUACCAUACGCCUACAAUAGGUACUUUGUAGUAUUUAUUACUUUAAAAACGUAAAUGUAUACAUGUACUUGUAUACGCUUCAUGUUGUCCGUUAAUUACUUUAUUCUAAUACAUUCCGUUUUUUUCCCCUCAGAAAAAGCAAAUUAAAUUAAUCCGGUAGCUGCACCUACUUUACCAUAUGAGUAGGUGGACAUAUGAACUGUGCGUUGUAUUGGUGUAGGUGUUUAUAGAAAUUCAUCACCUAUGCGUGGGAUUUUAAAGUAUUUGUAGUAGGAAGGACAUUAAACAUCACACAUCUUCAAUUUUUUUGUUAGUCGCGUGAUAUUAUAGUUUUUCGUAAAACAAAAAGAAAAACAUGUCUGCAGAAUUUAACAAAUUUAUGGCUAGCAACCAUGCCAACAAAUUGGUAGUCACUGAAUUGUCCGAGUUCAUCAAAGAUCAGCUAUAUUUCAUGGUAUUGUCUAAUAAUAAGGAUUCACAAAUGCUUCAGUCGUUCAAGGAAUGGAAAACAUCUUUGAGCGAUAAAAAUGUAUACUAUUUAAACGUGGACGACAGUCUAGUAUAUGAUAGUUUUUUCAACGAUUUUGGUCCAAUGAAUUUAGCUAUGAUAUAUCGCUAUAUUUCUAUGCUACGAGAAAUAUUUAAAAUGCAUAAAAAAGUGGUUCACUGCACUCAUAAAGGUGAUCAAAAGAAAUUGUCUAAUUCUGCAUUUAUUAUUUGUUCAUAUAUGAUUAUUGAAAAAAAUUGGACAGCGCAUCAAACAUAUAAAAUUUUAUCACAGGAAUAUAAGCAUCAGUAUUUACCAUUCAGGGAUGCAUCUUGCUUGCCACAGUCAGAAUAUUCAGUUACUGUUGAAGAGUGUGUUAAUGCUUUAUAUAAAGCUAAAUGGUAUAGAUUUUUUGACUUUGAUGAUUUUGAUGUAGAAGAAUAUGAAAAAUAUGAGACUGUAAAAUAUGGUGAUAUCAAUUGGAUUGUACCUAAUACCUUGUUGGCAUUUUCAUCACCGCAUACUCGAGAUUAUAUUGAUAAAUCCGGCUAUCAGAUACAUUCUCCAGCUUACUAUUAUCAAUACUUUAAAGAAAACAAUGUCAAGCACGUAGUAAGAUUAAACAGUAAAAAAACGUAUGAUGCUAAACGCACUUUUGUAGCAAUUGCCAAUAUACAGCACACAGAUAUGGUUUUUACUGAUGGUACUCCACCAACAGAUUCUAUACUUGAUUGUUUUUUGUGUCUAUGUGAGCAAUACAUAAAUGAAAAUUCCAAUGUUGUAUCCAUGAACAAUGAAAUUAAAGAUUCAAAUACAAUCACAACAAAUACAAAUAUUAAUAGUAAAGUAAAUGUUGCUGGAGCUGUGGCAGUUCAUUGUAAAGCGGGUUUGGGUAGAACUGGUUGUUUAAUUGCUUCAUACAUUGUAAAGCAUUGGUCAUUUACUGCUAUUGAAGCUAUAGCAUGGAUCCGUAUAUGUCGACCUGGAUCAGUGAUUGGUGUACAACAGCAGUGGCUUACUGAAAAGGAAGAAUAUUUAAAAAUGGCUGGUAAGCAAUGGAGAGAACUCAGAAAUAUUGAAGUUGACAAGUGUAAACAAUUUACGAAUGGAGUAUACAGUAUUCAGCGACAUACUUGUAAUGUUAAUAUGUAUAAUUAUAUUGAACCUCCUCCCCAUUCAUCUCUAAGUAAUAAAGUACUACAACUGGGUUGUAGUAAAAGUGGAAAUAGUGAUGUAGAACAUGUUCAAUCUGAAAAGAAAUUGCAAAACCGACUUUCAUCUGUUCUCAAAAAGAAAUUAAAAACAAAAAAUCAUACACAGAGUGAUUUUCAAGUACCAAAUCUUAGAUCAAAAAGAUCUACCGUAAAAAAUGAGGAUUCCAAAUUAAAAAGUACUUUUUCAACCAUAAGAAAUAUCCGUCGGGCUGCAAACUUAUCUGUUGAAAUAAAUAAGAACAGUUUGGUGAAAAAAAAUAAUGCAAUCCCUUCUUCAAUAACAAUUACAAGGAGUAACUCAAAAGCAACGGCAAAUGGAAAGAAAAAUACUAAAGUUGUAACCCUUAAUAAAACUAGUAUUAGAUCAACAAGAUCAUCAACACCAACAAAAAUAAUAGCUAAAAUAAAGGAUGAAUCAAAACCUUCAUAUGCAUUAGCUACAGUAGCAUCAACAGCACGUGUAACACGACGUCUAUGCAAUCAGAAUGCAAUAUAAUAAAAUAUUCAAAAUAUUUAUCAAAAUGACACCACAAAUGCAGAUGAAAUAUAAUCUUUAUGGUUAGAAACUUCUCAAAUAGAAAAACAAUUGUUAGUAUAACCAAAUGACCCAUUUGGUUUUUAGAGAUUUUAGUUUAAAUUAUGUUUAUUAGUUUUGUUAUUGUAGAAUGUUGUGCUAUGGUUAUUGCUUCUAUGGAAGCAUGUAUAAAUAUAUUUUGUAAAUUAUAAUUGUAUCCCAGCACAGUCUUAAUAAAGAUUUAACCUAACCUAAAUUUUAAAGUAUAGAAUACCUAAAUUAUUU